GUGGGUCACCGCUUCCAGGAGACACGGCCGCGGAGACGGCCACGGCGGAGCAGCUGGUCAUCUGCGACACCUGCGGUGACGACCUCAGCGCUGUGGACGAGGGGGACUACAUCACGGUGAAGGAGGGCACAGAUACGCGCAAGGCCAUCUGCCGUUGCAAGCCCUGCAACAACGCUCGCAAAAUGGUGAAUUCCAUGAAGGUAGGGAACCCGUCCGACUUCCAGACGUGGGAUGAGGUGGAGGACAAGAAGGCCUUCCUCGCGGAGGCCAAGUACCUCUACGGCGAGGACCUGAAGAAGAAGAUGAUCGAGCAGCGCAGGCAGACGAAGGCGGAGAGCGACAAGCAGACCCUCCACCAGGGGGGCAAGUACAUGACUUUGUUGGAGGCCGCGGAGUUGCCCCGUUGCAAGACAGAUCCAGCGAGCUUCGAGACCUUGAAGAAGCGGGCGCCGCAAUUCGAGUGCGAGCUGACUGGAGCGCUGAUGAUCGUCGUGCCGGAGUACGCUUUCAGUCAAAGGAUCGUGCCGAAGGGAAAGGCGCUGGCCAACAAGGUGAAGCAGGAGAAGAAGGACAAGCCCGCCAGGCCGUUGCCGCAAGGGCUCGUCAACAGGGCCAACCUGUUGCGGGACAGCGUGCUCGAGAGCGCGACGCAGUUGACUCGCAUCCAGAUGGUGUUUUCAGACGAGUCGGCGAAGCAGUAUGUGCCUGAGGCCGCCUACGAGAGCGGCAGGGGCGUGCUCGCGAGGAACCACAUCGACGAUAAGGGCCAGCUCGCGCAGAUCAUCGAGGAGAUGAAGAAGGCGCAGGCGGCGGCUACCAUGUACUACGACAAGAUUUCAG